GUUAUAGAGUUGAAUUAAUGUAGCACUCAUGUAUUGUGACCUCCUUUCUAUAGAUCAAAUGGGGAGGUGCGUUUCAAGAUGGAGCUGGUUCAACAGUUGGAGAAGAGGUUGAGCAAGUCAACAGUUUCCUGUCUAGGGCGGCCAUCACAACAAAAUACAUGUCUAAAGCAGGGCGAACAGACAUGCUGACCCUCCUUGCUUUGGGGUGGAACAAAAGGAAAGUGGAGCAACUGGGCCGCACUUUGAGCCAGAGAUAUCUAAAGAUCACAAGGAUCCUAAGAGAACAAGUGGAGAGCCUGAAUGCGACCAAAAAUGAGCUGGGUGUGGAUGAUGACACACUGCAGCAAUGGGUGGCUGAUGUGCAGCAAUGGGCUGAAGAAACGGAUCAAACUGAUGGCAGCCUUGGAGCAUUGCAGGCACGAAUAGAGGAGCUUGUCAUCAUCAUCAGAGUGCGAACACAAAAUCUUUACAGACAAACUGAUAGCAACAAGAGGCGACACAGAAUACGCAAGGUCAUUUUGGAUGAAAAAAAACGAUUGGCGGCUGCUGUCGACGACUAUAACAAGCUUGCUGAACCAACAAAGCAAAUUGUGUCCAGUGAUGCCCUCAUCCAGACCGACAUUUGGCCCUGGCAGAAGACAAGUGAACCUGCUGCAGACCUCCAGACAAAAAGAAAGGUCUUUGAGAAGGUGAUGGCUGUGAGGCGCCUGAGAGAGGAGGAGAUGAUCCUUUGCAGGGAAAUGCAGCAUCACUGGACAGUGUUGAGAGCACGAUCCCUGGAGUUGGGAACGAUCUCCUCAGACUGCAAGUCUAUUAAGUAUGAGGGCUAUAUUCUAAGGUCUUGA